AUGGAUGGACCUCUACUACUCACUAGGGUGGUGCGAAAGACGGUCGUUUCAUUUGAGACAUUCAAUGCUCAGGGGGACGCCUCUGCUGUUCAAGUUGACUGCCUAGCGCCAGAGCUUAACCCCCGGCCUCUCAUCGGAAUACUGUGCAACGACCUCCUUGUUCUCUGCAGGGAUCCUAGCGACGGGAAGGAUCCGAUGUCUGCAGUCGACCUGUGGGCGGUGCUGCGGAUGCAGACCUUGCCCCAACCAGCAAGCAUCGUCCAUGGAACUGUUUUGCGCCUGGUUGACAACAAGGCUAUCCUGUAUUUCGAUGCUCCAUCACCUUCUGAUGCUUUGAACUGGUUUAGAGCCAUCAAUCUGCAUAUACCUUCUGCGAAAGCAUAG